GACAUUCAGAUUUAUUUAAACCUUAAAUGUAAUCUGAUGUGUUCAGGUUUAAACUCAGGUUCAGUUAUUGAGUGAAAACACCAACAGACUCAGACAUUUAGAACAAACUAAGAGUCAGAUCAGCAGAAACAGAGAACACGGACAUGUCUGCUGUAACUGCGUCACUCUGCUCCACGCUGAUGUUUGUCCUGUUCGUCUCUGCAGACCUGGAGUCUGGACAGGACGCCACUCUGACAUGUCGAGCUCCAAACAACAACAUUAUAGCUGUAGAGUGGAGCAGAGAUGACCUGGGAGAUGAAUAUGUGCUUUUGUACCGGGAUGGGAAGUUUGAUUCAUCCAACCAGCAUCCAUCUUUUAAGAACCGGGUGGAUCUGCAGGACAGACAGAUGAAGGAUGGAGACGUGUCUUUGAUUCUGAAGGAUGUGACGAUUAAUGAUGCUGGAACAUACAAGUGUGAUGUUGUCCAGGCAGGAACAGUCCAUUUGAAGGUCAUCACCAUCAUCCACCUUCAUGUUGCUCCUCCAGGUCACACAGGAGGACAAGAGAAGGAUGAAGACAACAAAGAUGGAGGAAAGGUGGAUGGAGCUGUUCGACUGAUUGUUGACCUGAAAACUAUUCCAGUCUGA